AUGAUUGUCUUUCCACUUCCGUAUUAUGAACCCAACAGCGCUCACUGGAACAUUCUGAAGCUUAGAAAUGCGUCUGUAACCAACAUCAACCAUCAUUAUGAUUUGCAACAAUUAGACUGUGAAGGUCUUGAGACAGCUCUUUGCUUUUCCCCAUCAUGUGUCUUGUUUGACACUUUGGGACCUUUUAGUAGCCAUCAGUUGGGACUGAACCGGCUCAUAGACAUGGAGCAGGAGUAUUCGGUGCCCGAGUGCCCGGUUUGUUUGGCGUCUUAUGACAACGUCUUUAAGACCCCCCUGCUCCUACCAUGUUCACACACCUUCUGCAUGGAGUGUUUGUCCAAGCUUUGUAUCUUUCAGAAGGAGCUGGAACCAUUUCACUGUCCCGUAUGCCGGGCCGUUGCCCCCAUCCCAACAGGAGGUAUACCUCAGCUGCCCCCUAAUAUGAAUGUUGUAUCUCAGUUCCCACCAUGGAUGGGCGAGCUCCAGCAGGUGUGGAUGGAGGGAUCAAAACUGUGCUGGAAGAAGAAGCACGACCACAACUAUGUCACAUCUACCCAAAACACGGAGCUGGAGGAGAACAUGGUCAUCGAUAACUACCUCCUGGCUCCUACUCCACCACAUUUCUCACAUACUGUACACAUGGGGAUGGUGCCCCAACAGCCACCUGGUAAUCGAUGUAACCUAAAAAUGCAGAAGCAUGGUCGCAUCUUGUGUACCCUCAUCUCUUGCUUCGCCUUUCUGUUUGUCAUGAUAUAUUUCCCAUUGAAUCUGAUCCUUUAACCCAACGUAGAACCCAAGGUGUCAAUAUUUCUACCAUCUCGGAACUUCAGGGGAAGUUUCCAGUGCUCUGAACAUUUUUUCCACAUUUGGUCCAUGUGGUUUUUAAAGUGUACCUGUCGCUUUAAAUAACAAAUUUGACGUGAGUGUUCAGAUCCCCACUGAUCAUAAGAAUGGGCAAGAAGAGAAGGGUGCGGCUGACUAAGACAAUUCUAUAGCCUUACAUCAGUUUUUUUUUCCAAACAGUGUCUCUCCAGCUGGUGCAAAACUACAAUUCCCAGCAUGCCAGGACAGCCAAUAUCCCCUGCCUACCCCCUUCUUUAACAAACACUGUCUGUACUGCCUUAUUAUUUGACUUUGUUUCAAAAUAUGUGCAGGAAUGUUAGUGUAGCAUGUGGUAUAAUGUACAGUGUAGGGACACCUAUGCUGUAUGUUGUACUGUCAUGUAUAUUACGUGUGCAGGAAUGUUAGUGUAUAGUGUGGUAUGAUGUAUAGUGUAGGGACACCUGUGAUGUAUAUUGUACUGUAAUGUAUAUAAUAUGUGCAGGAAUCUUAGUGUAGCCUGUGGUAUGAUGUUGAGUGCAGGGACAUCUGUGCUGUAUGUUGUACUGUCGUAUAUAAUGUGUGCAGGAAUGUUAGUGUAUAGUGUGGUAUGAUGUAUAGUGUAGGGACACCUGUGAUGUAUAUUGUACUGUAAUGUAUAUAAUAUGUGCAGGAAUCUAGGUGUAGCCUGUGGUAUGAUGUACAGUGCAGGGACAUCUGUGCUGUAUGUUGUACCAUCAUGUAUAUAAAGUGUGUAGAGAUGUUAGUGUGGCAUGUGGUAUACUGUUUAGUGCAGGAACACCUAUGCUGUGUGCUGUACUGUCAUGUAUAUAUUGUGUAUUAAAAAGGAGGCAAAUAAGUUUCCAUAUACCCCGGGGAUCUCCAAUGAGAGCCAAUAAACCCACAGAACAACCUGUUCAAAAAGUUACCGCCAAUCAUUGACUUUUUACAACCAGUUUGUUGUAAAAACUGAUAAAAUACAGCAGGUGACUGUAAAUGACAUAAUAGUGCAGCAGGUUUAUGAACCCAGCAUCAGCUGAUAUCGGGAACCGGACAGUACUUAUGUUGGACUUUGAAAUGCGUGGUCAGAAUUUUACAUAUUUCCAAGAUACAUCUUAUCAGUUUACACGUCUGCCUUCCUUUAUUAUGCAAGUUGAUGCACCCUCCACAUAUUAUAUACAUGGUAUGAGCCAAGGAGAAUCCAUUACUAUGUUUUUUAUUCCUCAGCAAUGUGCUAUUGUGUAUUUAGCUGCUAUAAUGUUCAUCUGCAGUCCGUUCGGUCAUAAAUUUAAUCUAAGAACUGUUUAACACUAUGUGGGGAAAAUGUAUAGAAAGUGUCAUUUUACCGAAUGUGGCCACAUUCACAACUAUGGAGAAAUCACUGUAAAUUUUUGUAAAAUAAAAUAGUAUAAAGCAGACA